AUGUUCGCCACUUCCGCUCUCCGUUCUUCGUACCCUGCGUACAAGAGCCCCUACGGCCCUAAGUACCAGUACCAGCCUCACUUCGCUGGCAUCACUGCCAAGCAGGUCUACAGACUCCUCCCCACCUCCGCUGCUUUCGGUGGUGUCGCCCUCUUUGCCGUUAUCUUCUACGCUUCCGGCAUUCCCCGUGUCAAGAGCGACCUCCUCCAGCACAUCCCCUACUUCGGCCAGAAGUACUUCGUCAGCCACAUCCCUGCCUCUGACAACCCGUUCUAA